AUACAGCAAAAAAUACAAACCUCCCCAAAACAUAACAACAACCUGUUUGAGUGUAAAAACCAACAAACAACAACAUCAGUGAGAACAGAAAAAUCAAAAAGAGAACGAAAAAAAUAUAUAUCUCUUUCCCCUGUCACGCAGUGUACCUGUAAACAUUUAAUUCAUUUUUUUUCAAUUCUGGAUAUAUCAACGAAAUUUUUCAACAUUCCACCACAACAGCAACACAUCUUAAAACCUUUAAUAAUAUCCUCCAACAAUCCUUCGUCAUCGUCCUGCAACCAUUUAGUUGAUGUCAAACAACAGAGUUUAUGUUCCCGUAGCAGCCACCAUCUCCCAACAAGCAACGUCAUCUCUUCAAAAUUAACAGCAACAACAGCAGCACCUACGCUCAGUUGCUCCAGCUUUACAUCUUCGUCAUCGUCAAAAAUUCCCGAAAUUGUCCAGCAAACCAGCCUCACCAUUAACGGCAAAAUCAGCAACACGAACCUUAGCGGCAAACGCCCCACAAAAAUUAAAAACGAAAUUAUGGAACCGUCGUAUUGGGGUGAUGCCAAUGGACAUGCUCCACAUUCCGUCAAGUAUGAAAACGAUGCAGCCGUUUCCAGUUUUCCAUACUGCACAGAAUCUAGCCUAAAUUUCUCAACAAACGCCACCGGCUACAGCGAAGAUGAUACAGAAUAUAAUACCGGAAGACGUAACAAGACAUCGAGGCAAGAUCCUCUAUCGCAUCGCAUUAUUGAGAAAAGACGACGGGAUCGGAUGAAUUCAUGUUUGGCUGAUUUGUCACGUCUUAUCCCACCGCAAUAUCAACGUAAAGGACGUGGUCGCAUUGAAAAGACGGAAAUUAUUGAAAUGGCCAUUCGUCAUUUGAAACAUCUACAGAGUGAGUGCAUGCAGAAGGAGAACGAUUAUCGGAUGGGUUAUACGGAUUGUAUGAAAGAAGCUGCUAAAUUUCUAUACGAUAGCCAACAACAGGAGUUUUGUUAUCGCUUGUUGGCCCGUCUACAAGAGCACUGUGAAGAGGUUAUGAAAAAUGACUGUUUCCGUAGUCGUGGUUGUCAUACAGCUGCCGACAAUAUCAGUGCGUCCAGUGGCAGCCCCCAUCAAACGUUUCAUGCUGUACCGCCCUUGUGCCAAUUGCGCGAUAUGUUAGGUACCUCAGACAUCGAGCAUAGCAACGAUCACAACGAUGUCAAAGAUCUCAGUUUCCGCAAUCAUUUGAAUCAAUUGCAUCGUAAUAAUGCUGCUGCAGCGGCGGCAGCAGCAGCUGCGGCCUUGGAUAACAGCACCAAUGAGGCACAUCCCAACAGUGCGGGUAAUAAUGCUGCGCCAGCAGCUGUCAAUACCACCACAACAACCUCGAGCACAACAAAUGCCAACAGCGGCAACACAACCAAUAUUCCUAAUAAUUCAACUGUAUCAAAUCCAGGUUCGGUAAUAACCACAUCGAAUAAUGCUACAAGUUCUACAGGACCUGCUGUUAGUGGUGCCUUGGGAGUCGCCACAUCCACUCAACAGCCCCAUCAAGCCCCAGUAAUAACGUCCACCGCUCCAGCAUCCCUCCAUCAUCACACAGAUUCCAGUAAUCAUGAUUUUGACUCAUCACGUGAACCCAUUUUGCAUACUGACACCUCCAAUAUGCAUUCGCCACCUCCCCGUGACACUCUAUUGGGCUCACAUCAUGGCUCCCAUAGCCUUCCACAUUCGCAUCACUCUGCCCACAUGGCUCAUCAUCAUAAUCAGGACAGUCUGUUGCAUGGUAGUCGGCUGCGCAAUUUUUCGGAAUCUUCUCAUGAUAUUGAGCACAACAAUAACUACAAGUACAAAAAUCACAUCAAGGAACGUUUCAAUCAUGAGCUGCACGACGAGGAGACAUCAUCGGAACAUUGUCCAGCCCCACCAAUGUUACAGAGUGAAAAUUCACAUGCCCAUUCCGAACACUCGAAGGAUGGUACCGAACCCGAAAUUGCUCCAAUUAUGGCGAAAAAACGCAAGAUGGCCGAAGCUUUAAAUGCCCACUGUGAGAAUACCGUUGAUGACGCCGAUCUGAGAAUAACACCUGCCCAAAGAGCCAGCAAUGUUGCUGCAUCCGCUUCCUUUCUCUGCAACAAUGCAAACAAUAACAGCAAUGCCAGAGAAGAGAAACCAUUUACCCCGUUCAGUGAUAUAAAAACAGAAGCGACAACUGCCAGCAACGGACCGUCGAAGCCCCACCUGAGUGCUCCCACCAGUACCACCGCUCCACUGCCAACCCGUAGUUUUGCCGUACCCAUAUUUGCCCUACACAGUCAAGGCACGUAUUAUGUACCACUCAAUGUUGAUUACAAUAUACUGAUACCAUUCCUCAAUGGUAUUGAUCUUUUGGAAAAGAAUUUCAACAGUAUGCCGGUUGUACAUCCCAUCAAUAUCAAUGUCAAUUUUAUGCCCACCUCCUCAGCAUCACUGUUGGCCGCUGCUGCCGCUGUUGUGGCCAGUAAACAACAACAUCCAGCAGCAGCGGCGGCCGCGGCCAUAGCUAAAGCAGCAAAGUUAGAAGCUAUCUCCAAUACCAAUGGCUGGUAAAGAAAAUACGAAAAUACGUAUGAUUUCCUAACCAUCAGCAGUGAGUAUUUGUUGGAAUCAUGCCCAUACACCCAAAAAUGUACAACUUUUCAUGCUAUCCAACUGUUGAAGUUCAACAGAACGUUACAGUUUUUGUCUGCUAUGUUCAUAUUUAUCGUGGAUAUAUAUCAUCAAUGAACCUGACAAACCACAAAUGAACCACCUACACAAGUGUACAUUCAUAUAUAUUUAUUAACUGUAUGGCACAUAUUGUCGAGAAGUAUAUGGAACAACUACCUCAGAUUUCUGUGAAAAAAAUGAAGAAAAACAAAACUAAAAAAUGUAUAAUAAAGUAAUCAUCAAAUGGUUUGUUUUUUAUAUGUAGCUAGAAUCUAAAGGUACAUACACACCAAAUAAAUACAUCAUAUAUGUAACAAUACAGGAACAAAACCUCCCACGUGCAAGGGGAAUCUAACAAUAUAUUCCAAGAUAAAUGUCAAAUAAAUAUCAUAGAUUAAUUAGAUUAUCAGAAUAAACUAGCAACAUUAUUGGGAUAAUCUUGUAAAAAUCUUCUAAAGAUAAUGUGUAUAGGUUAUCAUAUUAAUAUGAAUUGACCAUUCAAGUGACAAGUAUAAAAAAUAAUAUAAAACGUUUCAUUUAUUGUUCACCUUUAAGAUCCACCCCCCCCCCCCUGCACAAGAUGUUCAAAGGAUAACAUGCAUAUAUUUGCCAAAUUAAUAUGCAAAUUUAUUGUUCUAGAACCUGCAAGAAUCUAUUAUUUGUACAAUUGUUUUUCGAUAUCAUAAAGGAAAAAUCGGUUAUCGAAGUAACAAGAUUAACAUUCUUGCAGUUCUGGAAUUUGUAAGUUCGAGUUACACAAAGACAUAAAAAGAGGAGAGUGUAGUCAUCACUUAGCCUGAAUGUUACUAUGAUGUCCGAACUUACCUCCAGCCAUUAAGUUGUGUCUGCAAAUGUUGCAUCAACAUCUCUUUUCAAGUAUCCAUUGGAGAUUAUGUCACCCAAAAUACGCCUGACAAAACUGAAAAAAAGUUCUUUCAAUUGAAAUUCAGUUGAAGUUUUAAACUUCCAUUGAAUUGUUUAUGAUUUGAAAAAUAGUAGUUUUGUAUAAAUAUUAGAAAAUAUUAUUUUUUAUAUUGAAAAAAUGUAUAACAUAAAAUCAAAAUAUACAAAAUAAUCUUAGAAAGAUAUAAAAAUUAUCCAUAUAGUACAGACAUACAUACAUUGUAAAAUUAAGAAGGUGUAGUCAUUUCAAAUAAGCAUACCCAUCUAUGCAAUUUCUGUAAUUUACCUUGUCAUAGAGAACAGGUUCUCAUGUCUGAUUUGUGUAUGCAUAUUGGGAUUAUAAACAUAAAAUCUGACAUAAGAUGUUGUCAAAUGAAUUAUUUUGAAAAAACAUGUAAACACACGAUUGCUGACUUUACCUUUUUAAUUCUACAAUGCAUACAUAUUCGCAUUUUGAAAUUAUAAUAAAAUUCAUAAGCAUAAAUUUGUGUAGAAAAUGUAUAUGUAA